AUGGCCACUAUGGAAUACUCGGCUAUCCUUUCUGAGCUCGAUCACGCUGUGAAAUCGAAUCAACCUCGCGACAUUUUACAGUUUUGUUGUGAUUUUUUUCAUACAAAGCUAGCCCAACAACGGCAAACUUGGAUGGAACAAGAUCCUCAGGCACCACCAGUUGAAGUGAUGGAAGAAGUCGCACAUCAUCCCAUGGAUCAAGUACAUCCAACAGCAGCAGCAGCACCAUCACCCUCCAAUGAUAUAACCAUGUUUGCUCCUGCAGGGUCACCUUUAUCAGAUCAACCUAUGCCAACCCUGCAGAGUUCAUGUGGCCCAUACAGCAGCACUGAUGAUGACGAUGACGAUGAUGACGAUGAUGAUAUCUCUGAAGGGGAUGAUGUAUUUACUAGCGAGCUACCUGAUUUUGCAACAUUAUGCCAACAUCAUAACCGUGGUCGACGCACCUCUGUGAGCGCUGAAAGCAUGACACCCUCCAAGAAACGUGGUCAACUCUUUCAAAUGCCUGUGAUCCCCAAAACACAACAACAACGUGAACGUAUUCGAGAAGCCAUUGCCAACAACUUUUUAUUCCGCAGCCUUGACGAGAACCAAUACGAGGACGUGGUCAAUGCCAUGAGUGAAAAACGUGUGCAACCCGAUGAAAAAGUAAUUCAACAAGGUGACGUGGUGGGAGAUUACUUUUAUAUUGUGGAGCAAGGCACAUUGGAUUGUUUUAUCAAUGAUCAACAUGUCGUUGCCUAUGGUCCUGGUGGCAGCUUUGGUGAGCUGGCAUUAAUGUACAAUAGUCCACGUGCAGCUACGAUUGUUGCUACUUCGCAUGGUGUGCUUUGGGCACUCGAUCGUGUUACUUUUCGUCGCAUCCUUAUGGAAAACACAGCCCAAAAGCGAUACAUGUAUGAGACUUUCCUUGCCGAAGUUCCUAUCCUCGCUUCCCUUGAUGCCUAUGAGCGCUACAAGAUUGCCGAUGCACUUGAAACCGUUUACUUCAAUGAAGGUGACACCGUCAUCCAACAAGGCACUGUUGGCGAAAACUUUUAUCUUAUUGAAGCUGGUGAAGCUGGCGUGUAUCAGGUUGAUCCUGUAACUGGUGUUCAAACACAAGUCAACUGCCUUGCCAAGGGUGCCUAUUUUGGAGAACUUGCUCUGCUAAAUGAUAGCCCACGUGCAGCCACAGUCAUUGCCCAUGGCCGUUUGCGUUGUGCUACGCUUGGAAAACGCGGCUUCAAACGAUUACUUGGUCCCAUUAUGGAUAUCCUUAAACGUAAUUCAGAAAACUACGCCCGUGUUAUGGGUAGCGUUGAGUAA